UGGUGAUUGCCGGCGCCGACAUGUGGUCGCCGUUUACUCUACAAAUACCUUCCCGGCGUCAAUUUAUACCGAGAACGCGUCUGGAACUUUCGUCGCUAACAUGUCAGCCGUCGAGAGCCCCGACUGCACGCCCAUUGAAGCCAACGGAGUCAAACACAGGAGGAAUUCGACCAUUCUGAACCCACGAUGCUAUCUCACCGAUGAGCUAUGGAAGCAGGCACCUGUUUUGACCGGAAGCACAAAGUUUGAGCCGCUAGACAAUGCGAAAAACAUCCUCGUUACUGGUGGGGCAGGCUUCAUAGCUUGCUGGUUUGUGCGCCACCUGACAUUGACAUAUCCCCACUACCACAUCAUUUCAUUCGAUAAGCUCGACUACUGCGCGACUUUGAACAACACCCGUAUCCUCGAUGGCUGCACCAAUUUCACAUUUGAGCAGGGCGAUAUCACACUGCCUGUGGAUGUGAAGAGAGUGCUCCGUAAGCACAAGAUCGAUACCAUCUUUCACUUUGCCGCGCAAUCGCAUGUCGAUCUGAGCUUCGGCAAUUCGUACCAAUUCACCAAUACCAACGUCUAUGGGACCCAUGUACUACUCGAAAGUUCACGAGAACAUGGAAUCACACGAUUCAUACACAUUUCGACCGACGAGGUUUACGGGGACGUGCCUAUUGAUGCGGCCGAUUUGAGCGAGACAAGCUUGCUUGCGCCUACGAACCCAUACUCAGCAAGCAAGGCAGCGGCGGAGAUGAUGGUCAGUGCAUACCGAACAAGCUUCAAACUGCCACUCAUUACCGUACGGAGCAACAACGUGUACGGACCACACCAAUUUCCAGAGAAGAUUAUCCCGAAAUUCAUUAUGCUGCUCCAACGAAGAAACAAAUUACUUGUCCAUGGCGACGGUUCGCCAACACGAAGAUAUGUAUAUGCUGGCGAUAUAGUCGAUGCUUUAGACACCAUCUUUCACCGUGGCGACAUUGGUCAGAUCUACAACAUUGCAUCCAAGGAUGAAAUUUCUAAUACGGAGAUAUGCCACAAGCUGUUGGAUAUGUUUGGCUUACCCCAUCUUACGACAGAAGAUCUAGAGAAGCGAGUGCAGUACACAGAAGAUCGACCAUUCAAUGAUCAACGAUACGCAACAGAUGGUUCCAAGCUGGCAGCACUAGGCUGGCAGCAAAAGACUGGAUUCGACGAUGGUUUACGAACGACAGUCGACUGGUACCGGCGGUUCGGAGAGGUGUGGUGGGGAGAUAUAAGUCGCGUAUUGACACCAUUCCCUGUGGUCGAAGGGACUGAAAUAUGGACCCAGGAAGAGCACGAGGCUUUGCCUUCGGAUGACGAGGGACGAUUAGAAGGAGUCAAUGGGCAGCAAGAUUCCCCGUGGACAGCAGAUGCUUUAGACCAUCUCCAGAAGAUGGAAGGAAAAUCAAGGGAAAGUUGA